AAGGAACAGAAGACCUAAUGCUCUUUGUGUGCAGACUUAGGGACUGGGUGGUGGAGAGAUGUUGGAAUACAAGCCUUAGGGGUUGUGUGUGAGUGUGUGUGUGAUGGCUCCCAGUGGGUGAGGAGAGCUCGAGUGCCAAAGGAGAGGAAGGGUCUGACGUAAGCCUGCCAAAAACAGCUGCGAGGGAGAGACGGAGGAGGGCGUUACAUAGUGUGCAUGUGAGGGGUUCAAGAGACAGUCAGAGGGAGGACACCCCGUGAGACAGAAGAGGGAGACUUUGGAAGUGGGAGAGAAUGUGUGGAAAAGAAGGUGUGAGAGAUAUGAUUCUGUGUUGGAACUGGACGCUAAGGCAUUGAGGAACAAGGAGACGUCCUUGAGGACAAGGGAAACAUAAAACAAGAAGCAACCUGGACUGAAGACUAAGGAAAAGAAGGGCUAAUAAAGUGUAAGAGGAGAAGGAAAGGAUUUUCAAGGAGUAAUUAAGCAAGUAGAAUGGGUUGUGUUUUCAGCAAGCAGCGUUGGGUUAAAGAGAGGAAUUCCCAGCCCUCGGACCCCCCAAAAACACGAGACCUCACCGAGGAUGCAGAGAUUCUCAGCUUAACAGAGUUGGGGAAGAUGGGUUCACACUCCUUUAAAGAGAGGAACUUCAAGAAGAAACACCACUGUGUUGUCUGCAGACAAGCUCUCGACAGCCAUGGCAUGUACUGCAGAGAGUGUAAAACUGCAGUUCAUAAGAAAUGCGAGGAAAAGGUCUCUGUCCCUUGUGAAGUUAUCUCAGAUCCACCCCCAUUUCAAAACCAGAUGACCAUUCCUCCCAGUAGAGACAAAAUGGAGAGUGUUAUGGAGAAGUUGAUGGGCAGUCAUUAUGACUUUGACCUGACUUACAUAACUGAGCGUAUCAUCUCUGUCCUCUACCUGUCUGACCUGGAAGAACAGCAUUACAGCGCUAACCUUAAGGAAGUGGUGGCCAUGUUGAAAUCUAAACAUCAAGACAAGUUCUUGCUUAUAAAUCUGUCAGAGAAACGCCAUGACAUCUGCAGGAUAAAUCCAAAGGUUGAGGAGUUUGGAUGGCCUGAUCUACAUGCCCCGUCCCUUGAUAAAAUAUGUGCUGUGUGCAAAACCAUGGAGAACUGGCUUAACUCUGACCCCCAGAAUGUGGUUGUACUGCACUGCAAGGGCAACAAAGGAAAAACAGGGGUGAUUGUGGCAGCUUACAUGCAUUAUAGCAAGAUAUCAGCUGGGGCAGAUCAGGCUCUCUCGACAGUUGCUAUGAGCAAAUUUUGUGAGGAUAAAAUCUCUUCCUCUCUCCAGCCAUCUCAGAACAGGUAUAUAUAUUAUUUUGCCGGUCUCCUCUCGGGUGCAAUAAAGAUGAACAGCUCCCCUCUGUUCCUGCAUCAAAUUCAUAUUCCAGCUUUGCUCAACUACCAGUCAGCAGGAGGUUACUCUCCCUUUCUGAAGAUCUAUCAGUCGUUGCAGCUGGUCUAUUCUUCAGGCAAAUAUGAUAUUCAGAGCCCUAACAGAAAGAUUCUGUGUGUGAAUAUUGAACCAGCUCUACUGCUGAAGGGAGACAUCCUGGUGAAGUGUUAUCACCGUCUCUCAGAUCUGUGUAAAAGAGAGUGUGUGUUCAGAGUCCAGUUUCACACCUGUAGUGUUCAUGGGUCUCAGCUUGCUUUUGGCAAAGGAGAACUUGACCAUGCUUGCACAGAUGACCGUUUCCCUGCAGAUGCCACAGUGGAGUUGCUGUUUUCUUCUGGCCCGCAAAGAAGAGGUGGAGAGGUACAGGGAAAUGACCCGGGAGUAUCUGUGGAUUACGGCACUGCAGAUCCUAUUGUGCGUUGGGACUCGUAUGAAAACUUUAACCUUCACCAUGAGGAUAGUGUUGAGGAUAUAUGUCACACACGUGGGCCUUUGGACGGUAGUCUGUAUGCUCAAGUGAAGAAGCGUCGAGCACCAGGCUCCAGUCCCAGCGAAUGCCCGACUUCCAUCCAAACCUCCACACAUUCGCCCAGUCAUUCCUCCUCUACUUCUCCCAUUCAUCUCUCCAUCCAGCCUCUCUCGCUCAGCAAGGACACAAUUUGCUCCUCAGCACCACCCAAAUCCCUCUCACCACCUCUAAGAGAAAAAAGAGAGAAGGACGAAGACAGGGAAAGACACAGAGAAACCGCAAUUCUUGACGAUGGCGACUGCUCUCCUGUGAGACCAGAUCGGCCCGUUCAGUCUUAUACUCGCCCGUAUUCCCAUACUCAUUCAUUCUGUGAUCCAGACCUGACCAGCCUGCAUGCACUUGCACAAACCCCCCAUCCCAAACACCACACACUUCCCUGCAGCCGCACUGCCCCACUGCCAGUUCGAGACUUGUGUGUAUCCCAGCCUGAUAUUUUAUGGGAGAGAGGGCGAUGUCUGCACCAUCCCUGCCCAGAAACAAUCAGGCACAUGUACUCAUAUCCCACUCAAGAAACCCACCUUUAUUCACCACUUUCACACUCACAGUCCUCCCGUUCCCACACACUUCCUGUACAGACACGUGCAUUCUACUCUGGGGAGGGAUGUCCUGUGGUUCAUUGCUCCGCCCUCCCUCAGGGCCACGCCCACAUCCCUCCUACCCUAACCCCUAAUCAGUCACUGGUCUCCAGUCCAUACCGAGAAUUACGUUACAGUACGACUCCACCAACAUCGUGCUCCUGCAGGGACUGUUCUCGCUUACGAGAGGAUGUUGCCCUCCAUUCUUUAAGAUGUAGAGAAUUAGAAGCUCUUCCUUGGUCUAGAGAGGCAGAGUUUGGGAUUAGGAGGGAGGGACCUAUGCACUGGCGGGAUGGAAGGGCGGAGUCUCAUUGGGAGGGAGUUCAUGAGGGGGAAUACUGGCGACGCAAACUAGCAAUGUCACCAGUAAUGUCAUCAUACGGACAUUGCCACACUGUCCCAAAACAAGACCAGCCUGUAUAUGUUUCAGACGCCCAACCUGAACAUAUAUCACCACUCAGUCCAUAUCCCAGCCCCCAAAGCAGUGGCUACCACAGCCCUCAUCCACCCUGUCCUUGCUCUCCACAACCAAUCAGAGAGAGUCCUGGAUACGCCUCCAUCAGUCAUUCCCCAAACUCCUCCCCCAUUGCUAUCACUCCAUCUCCUAAACGAGCCAAUCACAACAAUGCUUCAGCUGAAGAGAGUCAACAUGGCAUUAACGAUGGGCGUAUUAAGGUUUCAGAUGCUGAUAAAAGUCACAUUGAGGCCCUUUCUCCUCAUAGGAGAUCAAUAGAGGUGGGAGAACCAAUGAAAAGCAAAGCUCUAGAAGGCGAAACUUUCCCUGGGUCUCUGAUCACUGUUGUCUCAGCUGUCAGUGGAGCAGAGGAAAAUAUGAAGAAAACACCCAUCACAGAUUCUGCAUCUAACACCACCCUCAUUAUUAACCCACCGUCAUCCAAGGUUGUGGAGUCAGUGCAGGUACAAACACACAACCCCAGACCUCUCAACACCAGCAUCCCAGAAUCAGAACAGGAUAAAGCGGAGCGCCCCAGCUCAUGCUACACCUCAACUUCAACCUCAACAAGUCCUCAGCCUCCUCUUUGUUCUUCAGAGAGAAGCUCUGCCUCUGAAUUCCCUUCAUUUAACAUAAAUGCUGAAAGGCAAAGCAUGACAACCUUAACCGACUGUAAUAAAGAAAGCAGCAACAGUGACCUGACAGCAUCAUCCCCUGACCCUGACGGCUAUGUAACACCCACAUUUCCUAUAGCAUCAUACAGCUACCCUCUUCUGACGGUGCCUCAUGUACCGUAUACGGGCUACACUGAGAUCACCAUCCCAGCUUCCCUACCCCAACCUCCUCUCCCUGAAAAACAACGCUCAUCACCCCUUCACAAUGUGUCUGAUUGUACCGGCACUUCCUCAAUAAAAUCAGCUGGAAAGCCUUCUACUUCCUCUGCCCAGUUCCAUGUGUCCUUCUCCACUACUAAUGAAUUGCCUCCCGCAUCUAAAUGCAAAGUAACCCCCUCUAGUGGCGUGGAGGAGCAAGAGAACCGCCUCAGCUCUAAGUUUGUCCAAGACAGCUCCAAGUACUGGUACAAACCUGGCAUCUCCAGAGACCAGGCCAUUGCAGUAUUAAAAGAUAAGGAGCCUGGUUGCUUCCUCAUUAGGGAUAGUAAUUCAUUCCAAGGCGCAUAUGGAUUGGCCCUGAAAGUCAGCACACCUCCAGCCCACGCUAGUAACCAUGGAGAGACGGGCAACCCUCAGGAACAGCUAGUUAGGCACUUCCUGAUUGAGAGCGGCCCUAAAGGAGUGAAGAUCAAAGGCUGUCAAAAUGAAACAUAUUUUGGCUCCCUCUCUGCUCUGGUGUAUCAACACUCCAUUACUCCUGUGUCUCUUCCUUGUGUUCUACGAAUCCCAGAUAGAGAUCCUGUAGGAGAAUUGCAAGAGUUGCAAAGUGGAACUAAUACCAGCACAGCUGCAGACCUAUUAAAACAGGGGGCAGCUUGUAAUGUUCUCUACCUAAACUCAGUGGAAACGGAAUCUUUGACUGGCCCACAAGCCGUCUCCAAAGCAACCAAGUGCACUUUGACCCAGGACCCUCGUCCUUCACCAACAGUCGUCCACUUCAAAGUGUCCACACAGGGCAUCACCCUCACUGAUAACCAGCGCAGACUGUUUUUCAGGCGACAUUACCCUAUUCAUAGUGUGACUUUCAGCAGUGUGGAUCCAAUGGAUCAAAGGUGGAUUGAUGCUGAUAACACUUCCUGCAAGAUGUUUGGAUUUGUUGCACGGCGCAGCAGUGGUUUGGGAAACGUGUGUCACCUGUUUGCAGAGCUGGACCCCGAGCAGCCAGCCACGGCCAUUGUGAACUUCAUCAAUAAAGUCAUGCUGGGCCCUCAACAGCUGCGAAAAUGAACACACUAUAGGAGAGAUGGAGAAAAACCAAACAGAGCGUACAAGAUGGUAUUGCAGUGGAUAUUGUCAGUGUUAUGUUUAUAUACAGAAUGAGAGAAGUGUUCCUCGUUAGGAUACACAAAACUGACUUUUACGACAACUCAUUAUGCAGGCUUCUCUUUUUUCUGUCAUGUUCACAUUUAGUGUAAAUCAGUGAGAUUUGGUCGUGUUGAAACAGAGUGCAUUAUGAAGUGAUUUCAAAUUAAAUGCCUUUUAUUAAAUAAAAAUAAAAUAUAUGAGAAAAACAACUGGAUUUUCCUGGUAAAGUAUAUCUAAUGGAUAAAUAAAUGAGAAAGUAUGUUUUCGACGCUCAAACCUAUUUUUGGUUGAGAAAAUGGGCCUUUUAAUUCUAACACUCAGGAUGCUUAAGCUGUAUGGCUGUUAUUGUGUUGUUCUCUUUUUAUUUUCAUUGAUUUUGUGUUUGUGUGUUUUUUAGUUAAAUGGUCAGAAUGUUUUGGUUGUUCGUUUUCUAUUCAAAAUGCCCUUUACAAGACACAAAGUCAUAUUUUUAGCAACUGAUGCAUUUUUAAAUUCAUCUUUUUUGGUAUUUAAAGAAAAUAUUAAUAAAAAUAUGACAAACAGAAGU